AUGUCGAAUUUUGCGCCGGGAAAAGACCGCCUGGAAUACCGUCACCUUCGUCUUCUCGAUCCUAAGUGUAAAAUUCUAGCUAAAAUGUUCCGCCAUUGUUUUGACGCGAAAAAUGUCCCUGCGGAAUGGAAAACCGCCACCACCAUCCUGAUUCACAAAAAAGAGGACACAUCCGACGCUAGCAACUUCCGCCCCAUCGCCCUGAUGUCUUGCCUGUGCAAGCUCUUAAUGGCCAUCCUUGCCAAACGUAUGACCUCGUUCUCCUUACACCACGACCUCCACUCCAACGAGCAAAAGAGUGCACGCCCUCGCGAAGGCUGCUAUGAACACAAUUUUCUCCUCGAGUCCAUUGUCAAUGAUGCCCGAAGACAACCUCGCUCCCUGUGCCUUGCCUGGCUUGAUGUUCGCAACGCCUCUGGUAGUAUUCCUCAUGAUGCUCUUCUCACAACCCUCUCCCACAUGGGCUUCCCUCCAGACUUGGUGGAGAUGAUUGGCCACAUCUAUACUGGCGCAACCACAGAAGUAGUCACCCCUCUUGGCAAAACCCAAUCGAUCCCAAUCCACUCGAAUGUCAAGCAAGGAUGCCCCCUCAGCGUCACCCUGUUCAACUUGUCCGUGGAACUGAUCAUCAGAAGGUGCAUUGCCAAAGCUCACGAACUUCCCCGGGGCUCACUCCAACACCAUGGUCAAGCCAUAUCCAUCCUAGCGUAUGCCGACAAUCUUGUCAUCCUGACCAGGAACAAAGAUUCUCUCCAGACACUCCUUGAUGCUGUCUCAUCCGCUGCUGACUCCCUCAGCCUACAAUUCCGCCCAGACAAAUGUACCAGCCUGUCAAUGGACAAGCAUGCGCCGCUUCCAGUCAAACCGGUUUGUUGUCCAAUGAGAACCUAUACCUGCCCUCAAACGCGAAGACCACUAUCGAUUCCUUGGUAUACCCAUUGGCCUCAUCCUGGAUGUGUUCGAUCUUCAAACACUCAUUGA